AUGGCCAACAUGAACCCCAUGGGUGGUCCUGUUGGAGGUGCCCCCAUGCCCAUGAUGAACAACGGCGCUGUCAACCCCCAGGCCGCUGCGGCUGCUGCCGCCGCGUCUCGCCAACAGGCAAAUGAUAACCAGCGCAGCGUUCUUAACACCUACAUCUACGAAUACUUUAUUCGCAUGGGAAUGUACGAUUGCGCCCGGUCUCUCCUUUCCAGCGAUCAACAGGUCAAUGUCCUCAGUAAGGAUGGCACGAACCGUCGUCGCGACGAGAACGGAAAUAUCAUCAACGGUGUUGGCGACGAUCCCAUGGAUACCGAUUCGAAGGACGACAUCGACUCUAAACUCCCCGAAGACUUGCCACCGCCAAAACUUCCCAUGCCUGCUUCCGAUACCUCUUUUCUCUACGAGUGGUUCUCCGUCUUUUGGGACAUUUACUACGCGCAGCGCGCCAAGAGCGGAAACAAUACCAUUAACCAAUAUGUUCAGCAUACUCAGAUGAGACCAGACAUGGCUACGCAGCAAUAUCAGAUGAUGCGCAACAUGCAGAACGGCGGCAUGAUGAACAUGAAGCAGGGCAACCUGGCCCGCGCCGCCAUGGCUAACAACCAAAAUAACCCUCAAAUGAUGCUACAGCAGGCCAAGCAGAACCAGAUGCAGCGAGAUCCCUCCGGUAUGGAUGGCCAAAACAGACCUUCGUCGCCAGCGUCUGGGGAGAACGCUCCCUCGCCCUCCAAGCGACAGCGCAUCGAUGGCGCACCGUUCAACCCUAACCAGCCCGGCAUGAUGCCCAAUGGCCGUCCCGGUCAAGGCAUGCCAGGCCAGCAGAUGCCCGGAGGAGCCAACACUGCCGCCGCUCAACAAACCUUACUUGCCAAUGGCAUCAACCCUAACUCGUUACAUCCUACGCAGCUGCAGAACUUUGCCGCCGCCCCGCCCGCCGCUCAGCAAAAGUCGAUCGCGACCUACUCGCAGAACUUGCAGCAACACCAUGGUACUCAGAUGGGAGGCAAGCAGAUGCCCCAUGCCGUUCCUCAAGGCCAAGGAUCCCCAAUGAUGGCACAGGGUCCCGAUGGAACUGCUCUCAAUGCGUUCUACAACCCAGGCGAGAUGGGAGGCCCAGGCGGCAUCCGGGCGGGACCUGGAGGUCCCCAAAACGGAGGGGGAAGCAACCAUGCCCUCCAAGACUAUCAAAUGCAGCUAAUGCUUCUAGAGCAGCAGAACAAGAAGCGACUCAUGAUGGCCCGCCAAGAGCAAGAUACCGUCGGCGGCAAUGGCAUGCCCCGAGAAGGCCAGCCCGGACAACCAGGUGGUCCUCCUGGACCCAACGGCCAGUUCCCGGAUACAUCGCCCCAGGCCAUGCGACCAGGUGCCUCGCCCAACCCUGCUGAGCAGAUGAAGCGCGGCACACCCCAGAUGAACAACUCUGGCAUUCCUUCACCGGUCCCCGAGGGUGGUCAAUCCCGUGGCUCGCCUAACCCGGCCAUGAACUUCAUGGGCAACCAGAUGGAUCCCAACAUGGCACCUCACUUCUUCAAGCAGAUGGAUGGCAACAUGGGAGGCCAACCUCCGAUGAAUGGCGGCAUGCGACCCCCUAGCUCUCACCCUGGUGCACCCUUCAAUGGACAGAUGAACCAGCAACAGAUGAUGGCCGCCGCACGACAACAGCAAGGCCAGCCAGGCCAAGGGCCUCAAGGGAACCCCCAGCAGUGGCAGCAAGCACCCAAUGGACAGAUGGUGCCUCAGCAGAUGCAACAGCAAAGUCCUCAGAUCCAGGGAACUCCCCAGCAACGAUCGAUGCCUCCUCCCCAAGCACCACCCGUUGGCGCAAAUGGAGCCAACAGCAGGACGACAGCAUCCCCUCAACAAGCAGCAGCUGCGCCGCCAACUCCUAGCCAAACUAACAAGGCUGCCCCCAAGAAGAAGAAGGGCGAGACCGCCAAGGACAAGGUAUGUCUAACUGGUGAAGUAUACUCUGUAGGUACUAACAAGUUCAAGCGUGCUGCUGCCAAUAAGAAGGCGAACCAGAACCUCAACAAUAAUGCUGGUGCGACUCCUUCAAACGAUAACAACGAGUCACAGGAGACUCCAGCUCCUGCGACACCCAUUCAAAACGCCAAUGCUGCCAACUUCAAUAAGAAUGGGCAAGCUGGCAACACCGGUCAGAAUAGUCAGCCAACGACUGGCCCAGCUGCUAAUGCUCCCGCAGCUGCAACAACCGCUCCUCCUCCUCAGCCACCAGCUCCUCAGCACGACCCCAAUCAAAUGAUGGGUAUGGAUAACAGCUUUGGCCCAUUGUUUGAUGGCGGCGGCAUGGAGUUGGCCAACCCCCUCAACUCGGGUGACGUGCUCAAUGACUUUGACUUUGAUUCGUUCCUCCACGACCAAGAUGGUGAUAACUCGGCCUUCAAUUUUACGGAAGCAUUCCCCAUGGGAGAUGAGAUAGGAGCAGAUUAA